AUGUACCGACCCCUGGCUUUACGGCGAUUCCCCCGGACUUCACAUAUUGCCUCGAAUCUUUCCAAGCCCUCCAUCCGCCAUAACUCGUCAUCAUCAUCUCCAGCUAACACUGCCAAAAAUACUGCAUCCAAUGCCCUCGGAGCAGCCCAGAAGAUAUUAGCUGGGGCAAAACACUUAUGUGAACGCGCUGGAGCCCAAGCGGGGCAGUUCCUCGGAGUAUCCAAGGAGCCUUUGAUAUACAACUUCGCUGUUGCACGUGAACUGUUGAAGCAAGUUUACAUUCGAGAAUCCUUGGUCCCCCCCACUACCCUGUCAACGUAUACUGGCGCUUAUCGCACUAUACUUGAACGCGCAACCAGCCCAGGAUAUUGGAGGAGCGUUUUAGAGUCAGGCGAAUGGGCCAAAAUCGGGAUAUACGGUUUGGAAGCGUAUUUCAUCUUCCACAUUGGUGAAAUGAUUGGACGAAGAGGAAUGCUUGGUUACAAGAUCGAAGCACCUAAGGCCACCCAUCACUAG